AUGGACUACCGCUCCUCAAUAGCCGACGACGAGCACCCAGCGGGCGCUUCGCCCUGGGGCUCCUCGCCAUCAGCCUCGCCGCGCCGCAACGAAUCCACCUUCAGCAGCGCUCCAGGCAACGACCAAGCACCCACAUCGUACCAAUACAGCGUGCAAGACCCAAGCAACGGUUUCGCGAACGAGGAUCCAGGCGUCAAUGCCUUCCGCCGGCCCGGCACAGCCAGCAGCACGGCCUCGACAUCCGCCUACGAUCCAUCGGAGCAAUCCGUCGCUCCCUCGCAGGAACAAUCCGACGCCGGCGCCGAGCCGCAGCAACCGGGUACGCCGACACGACAAGGGAGACCCGCGGGCGAGGGACCGUCGCCGGGGCAAGAACAGCAGCAGCCGCAGCGACUGAGGGGUCCUCAGUAUAAAUUGCAGGCAAAGAUCACGGGGCUAGAGCGGACGGGUCGUAAAGAUCCUAUAUUGAGAUUUGAUGUACACACAAAUAUACCCAAAUUCCGAACUACCCAGUUCCGCGACGUUCGCCGUUUACAUUCCGAGUUCGUCAAGCUAGCCGAACACCUGAUAUCCGCCAACCCCGAAGCCUUGGUUCCCGCUGUACCGUCUUCAGUAACAUCCGCUGGUGCUGGAACCGAUGAGGACGAGACGAGAGUCAAAGCGCUUUUGCAGAGAUGGUUUAACUACGUUUGCAGCAAUGAGGUUCUCAUGAGAGACGACGAAAUGGUUCUAUUCGUUGAGAGCGACUUUGGAUAUAGUCCUAUGGUUAAGAAGAAGCAACCGGCUACGGGUGUACGAAGGAAGUUGUUGAAGCAAUUCGCACCGCCGCCUGACGAUACACCCGAGCUGGCAGACGCACGACCUAUAGUGAAACUAUUUUACCUAGGUUCAAUGGACGCAGGGCACAAAGUCGACCGGCUCGUCAAGUCACGCAGAGGUUUGGGAUUAGCAGAGUCCGAUUUCGGGGUCAAACUAGGCGCAAUGAACAUUCAAGAGCCGCAUCAAGGCCUAGCAAGCGCAUACCGGAAGCUCGGCAAGGUUGUACAAACCGUGGGUGAUUAUCAUGCAGCUCAGGCUACAGCCGAGGCGACGACUCUUGGCGAUCCGUUCCAAUAUCACUCGCAGGAUGCAUUCAUUGUCAAGGAAACUCUAACGAAUCGGCAACUUCUGAUCCGCGAGUUCUUACAAGCUCAAGAGAGUACACGGACCAAGCUCAACGCGGCGGAUAGACUACGAGCAAAUUCUACCGUACGACGCGAAAAGGUCGACGAGGCGAUCGCUGCUCUAGAUGAAGCGCGAAACUCCGAGUUGGAAUUGAUGCAGAAGACCUCCAGAGUAACACAAAACUUGGUACAGGAGCGUCGCAAAUGGUUCGCACGAACUGCCGCGGAUCUACGUCUAAGCAUCCGAGAGUUCGUCACUCGCGAGAUAGAAGCUGAGCGACGUACCCUCGCAUUGCUGGAGAGUGUUCGGCCCGAUAUUAGAGCCAUUGAUGCCUCCGGCGGUCUAAGCAGAUUAGGACGUGAAGCUCAUCCGGCAACCAGGCGCGCAAGCCUAGCAGCAAGCCAGGGACCCAAGGGCGACGCCUGGAGCGGCGUCCCGCGGCGCACGGACAGGAGCAUGUCAGGUAGUUUCAUGUCUAACGUUGCCGAGGACGAGGAAAGUGAGAAUGCGCAGCGCCCGGGAUCCAGAUCGCUCAGCGGCAUUGGGAUCAGUACGGGAUUGCCCGGUCUUACCGAGGAAGAUGACGAGGACCGCGUGGAUGCUAGAAACGCUGCGAGUCGAUUGGCGACGAGCACGUUUUGA